AUCUCCCCCAUCGGGGAUCACUUCUGACCCGCGGUGAGAAGUGUCCGACCGACACCCCCACGAGGCUGCAGUCCUGCUUCUGAGGAUUAAAAACAACGACGGGGCUGUUCCUUUGUUUUUGUUUUUUUGGAGGAUUCCUUUGGUGAAACCAGUUUUUUUGUGUUUGUUUGUGUGUGUGUGUGUGUGCUUGAACCUGUUGUGUUUGUGAUGUGAAAGGAGGAAGAGAGUAUUUCUGUGUCUGAAGGAAGUUAAUGCGCUAUGGAGCAUUGGUAGCUUCACCUUAUUGUUGGGGCAGCAGCACAAUAGACUGAUAGCCUCAAUGGGCUGAGGAUGCAAGUAAGGAGAACACAAGGUCUAUUUUGUACUUUUUUGGGGGGGUUGGGAAUAGGAGGAAUAGCUUUACGUAAACUACCGUUCACUCUGCUGUUGCACACCUGACGCAACACUUGCCAUGUCAUUUGAGAUGAGUUUAAAUAUUACAGUGAGCUAGUGUCGGAUGUUUUUGCGACACGGCACGCGAGCGAGUGGCAUCAGCAGGAACUAGGCGCUAUGUGCAAGUGGAUUUUCGCUGUGCUUUAGGUCCCACUGGAGUAUCAAGAUGUCAGUGAAAGCCAAAGCCAUCUACACUUUUCUGAGCGAAAACAAAGAGGAGAUCAGCAUCCGGGAGGAGGAGGAGCUGGUCAUCUACGACCAGAACUCGGUGGACGGCUGGUUUCGGGGGGAGAACAGCCGCGGGGAGAGGGGUCUCUUCCCCGCGUCCUACGUGGAGAUCAUUCGCACGCGCUCAAACUCCAACGUGACCGACUGCUCCAUAAGCCCGGCGGGGUCGCUGGGCAACGACUCCUCCUAUUUCCCCUCCACGCCGAACACCUCGCUGCACUCGCAGCAGAGCUACAACCACGACGACGACGACGACGACGACGACUGGGACGACUGGGACGACAGGUCGACGGUGGUGGACGACGGGGACCGCCCCGGGGCCAACGGGCACGACCACCGGAGCCCCCCGUCCAACAACCCCAAUGUGCACUACCGGGCCAAACCGCACAUGGAGAGACAGGACAGCAUCUCCAGCGCCAGGAAGGGCAGCAUGGUGGGCAGGAACCUGAACCGGUUCUCCAGCUUCGUCCGCUCGGGGGUGGAAGCCUUUGUGCUGGGCGACGUGCCCAUGAUGGCGAAGAUCGCCGAGUCGUACACCAUCGAGAUGGGCCCCUUCGGGCCCCUGUGGAAGGAGAGCCCGCAGCCGUUCUCCUGCUCCGUGGAGGACCCCACGAAACAGACAAAGUUCAAGGGCAUCAAGACGUACAUCUCGUACCGGGUGACGCCGAGCCACACGGCGCACCCCGUCUACAGGCGCUACAAACACUUCGACUGGCUGUACAACCGCCUGCUGCACAAGUUCACUGUGAUCUCCGUGCCUCACCUGCCCGAGAAGCAGGCCACGGGGCGCUUCGAGGAGGACUUCAUCGAAAAGCGCAAGAGGCGGCUGGUGCUGUGGAUGAACCACAUGACCAGCCACCCGGUCCUCUCCCAGUACGAGGGCUUCGAGCACUUUCUCAUGUGCGGCGACGACAAGCAGUGGAAACUCGGCAAGAGGCGGGCGGAGAAGGACGAGAUGGUGGGAGCCCAUUUCAUGUUGACCCUGCAGAUCCCCACCGAGCACCAGGACCUUCAGGACGUCGAGGAGCGCAUCGACACCUUCAAGUCCUUCGCCAAGAAAAUGGACGACAGCGUGAUGCAGCUCACGCACGUCGCCUCGGAGCUGGUGCGGAAGCACCUGGGCGGGUUCAGGAAGGAGUUCCAGCGGCUGGGAAACUCGUUCCAGUCCGUCAGCCAGGCGUUCAUGCUGGACCCCCCCCAAAGCUCGGAGGCCCUCAACAAAGCCAUCUCCCACACGGGCCGCACCUACGAGAACAUCGGAGAGAUGUUCGCAGAGCAACCUAAGUACGACCUCUUCCUCAUGCUGGACAAGUUGUCGCUCUACCAAGGCCUGCUCGCCAACUUCCCCGACAUCAUUCAUCUACAGAAAGGCGCCUUUGCCAAGGUGAAGGAGAGCCAGCGGAUGAGCGACGAAGGGAAGAUGGACCAGGACGAGGCCGACGGCAUCAGGAAACGCUGCCGGACGGUCGGCUUCGCCCUGCAGGCCGAGAUGAGCCACUUCCACCGGCAGAGAGAGGUGGACUUCAAAGACAUGAUGCAGGCCUACCUCACGGAGCAGAUCGCCUUCUACCAGCGCGUCGUCCAGCAGCUGGAGCGCACACUUCGCAUGUACGACUGUCUGUGAAGGCACACGACUGCUGUCCGGUUCUAGAUGCCAAAAAAAAACACACACACACACACACACACACCGACGAGAAGGGAAGGCCCGAGCCUUUGAUUCUUUCAUAGAGGCGCUACGUGUUUGUUUGAUGGAGAAGACCUGGAGAUGAAUGAGCAACAGUUGGUGGAAAGAGGUACAAAAAGAACAAGAACAAGUCUUACUUUGAAGGAUUCAAAGGGACCUACUACCUUUCUUUUUUUUUAUCCCUGAACUACUCAUCACGUGGACAAUGUCACAGCAAAUGGUUUAUAUUACAUAAUUUAAGGUGUUUCAUAGCGAGUCGGCGGUUGAUUGUUGUACGGUGUAAUACCACGAAACGGGUCGUGUUCUGAAAUUGUGUCCCACCCCCCCUCCCCCUCCUCCCCCCUUACAAUGAUCUGGUGAACAAUCUACUCACUGAUUUAUCUCCUUGUACCUUGAAAAGAUCCUAUCUCUGGCCAGACAAGUACACUGCAUACUUGGAAUUUCACCGUCAUGUUGUUGAGUGCCCUGAUUGGCUGUUUGAAACUGGUGUUGUAUUCUAAGCACACAUUUCUGUCUUCAUUUUGCACCAUGUAGAAGACAAAAAUCCACUUUGUCGUCUUGCUAUUUUAACACAUUAAGUGCCUUUUAAGGAUCUGAUGGAAUAUUUGUAAAUGGGCCGUUUGUCCGUAUAAUGGAGUCUUAUUGAGGGGAAUUAUUACAUUUAAGUUGUCUUUAGAAACAAGUUUGCACGUGUUUGUUAUACACUAGUGUGUGUGUGUGUGUGUGUGUGUGUGUGUGUGUGCAGGAAGGGGGGUGGGGCGGGUGAUUAUGAGUGGGUGAGCGAGUGAAAUGAGUACUACUGCUCUGAUCAAUCCCCUUAUUCACAGUGGAAAACAAUAUACACUAUUUUAUGUUGCAGCAGGUUGAAUUAAACAACCGUCAUGAAAAUGAAAGGGUUUGUCAUAAAGCUGAAUUGCAUUGAGUGGUUUCGUGAAGCAGAACAUCAACCUUGAGUUUUGGGAUUGAUGGGUGAAGAAGCAGCAUGAUGAGAUUUUCAUGUCAAGUAUUUUAAAACAACAUCUAAUGCACAAAUAAAACCACAUGAUAUCAUCACAAUCAUGUGCUCUGUAGCCCUCUAAUAACUAAAAUACUCUUU